CCCCACAAAGGCAUGGCCAUUGCUUUUACGCAAUCACUUGAUCACUUAGUCAAGCAUACACAUAAUUUGAAAACAUGUUAACUUGUUAGCAUGGCACAGAUUUGGCUGACGUAACAUCUGUCGAACAAGUCACUGACGGAAGAAAUCCUGUUCUGACUCAAGUUUUGAGGAAGGUUCAUGCAUGAAUCAUAUAUCUAAUGUGGUGCAUCAAACGUUCAACAUGAGUAGUUCCUGAUUUAAAUCCGCGUUUAGUUUCAUAGCACACUGCAAAAACAGUGAUAUUUAUUUUUCCGUAAUGGGAAAGCCAGUUGAUGCCACUUAGUGAGGGCAAUCAUGCAUACCCGAUUGAUUUGCAGGAGGACGCAACCGGGCGAUUUUGCGAAGAAAUCAUCUUGGCUUUGAAUUUUAAUAAUACUAGGAAGUUAUAGCUACUCCAUUCAAACUGGUUCCAAAUUGUCAUUAUGACCCGGUUUGCCGUUAGCCGAUCGAAUGCAGCAGUUCUUCUGAAAAAUAGUCACUGAGUGAGUGACGUCUUCGUUUCCCAGUAGAUUAGAAACUUCCUUCAAUUUGCAAGAACCAUUAUUCUCUGGCUUUCAGGCUGAUGAUUACCUCACCUCACUGGAUGUCUUAAAAUUUGAAGUGCCCAGCACUCAACCACAAAUAUUUUCUUUUUCGCUAGUUAGAAUGAAUAGAAUUCAUAAGUGAGCAACUAGCUAGAUGGCCAACGUUAGCUAGCUCUAGCUACAAAACCUCGCUAACAGGAGUCCGUCCUAAUGUGCGAAAGCAACGCAGAAUUGAAGAAGGAAACACUGCAGUCUCUAAAGUUAUAGCCCACUUGUAUCGGAUCAGUUGGGUUGCUAGUUGGCUAACGAGGAUUUCAGUCCCGAACCAGUUGCCAAUCUAACUAACCUUCGAAAACCAGAGGGAUCUGUGACAGGAGGGUGAAGGGAGAAGAGGAAGAGCUGGAGGAGCUUAGAGACAGAGUGUCGAGGGAACCCGUUCACCUCCAGCACCAGCUACACCCUGCAGCACUACCACUCCCCCGCUGCAGUAAUACCCCCUCCACCCCCUCACGCUGCAGUACCCCUGCGUCUCCAACAGGGGGAGACUGCCGCACAUGCCUCCAGCGAUGGUGACUGUGCUCUGAGGGGAGGCUGGCGGGGUGGUCCCCCCCUGUUUCCAUGCUGUCGCUCGGGGUAGGGGGAGGGGGAGGGGCUGGGGGAGGGGGAGGGGCAGGGGCGGGACGGACACGAGCCGCGGUCCCCUGGCAGUCCCCCUCCUCCGGCCGGGCUCUCUCUCGCGACCCGGGCGUCAACAUCAAGCAGAAGAUCUCCCAGUGGGAGGGGCGCAGCCAGCAGGAGGGGGGCCGGGGGGGCCGGGGGGUCACGCUCGGGGCCGGCGUCCCGUGGGUCGUGGUGUCCCGCGCCCUCUCUGGAGACCUGCUGGGGAACGGGGACUGUGGAGCGGGGCGAGGCGGCGCAGCUCACGCCAAGCCCAGCCUGGCCAAGGCCAAGAGCCUGGGGCUGGACUUCAGGGAAGACCCGGGGAGGGGCAAACCCGGGGGGGGCGGCCGAAAGCCGGACCUCCAGCGGGACCACCAGCGCCCGGACGGCGCGGCGGACCCCGCCCCCAUCUCCGCCCCCGCCCCGAACCUCGCCCGCGACCCUCGCUACUAUACCGCCGCCGCCGCCGCCAAGGCCAGCGGAGAGAAGGUUCCGGAAGCCGAUCCCCCCCCGCCGCCGUCCUCUGUGGAGGACCCUCUAACGGCGCUGCCCCCCGGAAACUUCUACACCUCCCGCGGGUUCUGGCGCCGGCUCGAGGGGGAGGAGCUGCUGGUGGACCGGGGGAGGGGUGGGGCGUGUCCAGAGGGCGUCCCGUCUGAAGGGAGGGGGCUUUCCCUGCUGACCCCCCCUCCGACCAAACCUCAGCGCACGUUCCAGUACCAGGGGGCCGACAGCCCCCCCGGGCGCUGGUGCCCGUGGGAGUACUGGACCCCCCCAGUCAGCCCGUCCAGUGCCAAGAGCCACACCAGCGGGCCUCCGCCUAACUGCCCGCCCCCGCCCUGUCCCGUCGCCCAUGGCAACGGCUUCUCCCGGCACAAGCGGAACAGGAAAUCGUUUGAGUUUGAGGAUGUGGCGCAGCUGACCGGCCAGCAGGGGGCGCCAGCGAGCGAGUGCCGACGGUCAGGGCUGUACCACGCUCUGUCUGAGGACAACAUCUACGAAGACAUCAUCUCGGACCAGACCCGGGAGAACCCGUACGAGGACGUGAGGCUGCCCCCCCUGAGGGGUCACCCUGUGCCCUGGACCGCCCUGCCGAAACACAGCGCUGACACGCCGAAGCUGCCACCCAAGCCCCUCACCUUGCGAGCGCCCUCUGAAAGGGCGGAGACUGGGCAGGGCUCAGACAGGAAGGAGGCGGGGAAGACCGUCACAUCGAAGACCCUCCUGCCCACCGGACGUUCAGCCCCACACAAGAGCUGCUACACGGGCCACAAGACAUACAGACUUCCUCAGUACGUGAGCAAGAUCCAGGAGAUCUUCACCGCCAAGCGGGGAAAGAAGAGACUGCGGACCCAGAAGGGGACCGGGCAGGACAGCUCCGUGCGAGAAGAGAACAGUGGCACCGAGAGUGACCCAGAGGAGGGCAGUAAAGGUCAGAUCAUUUUCUCUCUGUCUCCCUCUCUCCCCCUCUUUCUCCCUACUUCCCCCUAUCUCUCUGUACUCUCUCCAUCUCUUUCUCCCAAUUUCCCUCUCUUUCUCCCCUAUUCCCCCUCUCUCACUACUCUCUCUCUCUCUCUCUGUCCCUCCUUCUCCCUUUAUUUCUCUCUCCGCCCCUGUCCCCCUCUCUCUUUCUCUCUCUCUCCCCCCCCUCCCUAUUUCUGCAGAAAGCAGUCCCUAAUUCUCUCUCAUACGGGCCGAGCUAGUGCCAGUCCACCCGAGCAGGAGGCGAGCCCCGCUGGAGUGGACCUGAUCCAGCUCCAGCAGCAGCAGCUCUUCCAGCUCUUCGUGGUGGUGUCGCUGAGAAAGGGCUCCCCUGGAAACACGUACUCCCCUGAGAUCACACAACAGUUCCCCAAUAAGUUUGAGAAGUCCUCUCGCCACUCACGCGAGGCGGAAGACCGGCUCAGGGCCAUCCCCAAAUUCUGCUUCCCCGACUCUCAGGACUGGCGCCCCUCGGCGGACCUCCCCAGUGAAACGUUUUCCUUUGUUCUGACGGGGGAGGAUGGCAGCCGUUGGUUUGGUUACUGCCGGAAGAUCCUGCCCAGUGGGAAGGGGAAGAGGCUUCCGGAAGUUCACUGCAUUGUCAGCAGGCUGGGCUGCUUCAACCUGUUUGCCAAGAUUUUGGAGGAGGUGGAGAGGAGGCGGGAGAUCUCCCCGGCGCUGGUGUACCCCUUCAUGCGCAGCGUCAUGGAGGCCCCGUUCCCCGCCCCCGGCCGCACCAUCACCGUGAAGAGCUUCCUGCCCUGCUCCGGGAGGGAGGUGCUGACCCUGUGCCGGCCCGUGGACUCGCGCCUGGAGCAUGUGGACUUUGAGAGCCUGCUGCUCUGCCUGAGCGUGGAGCGGCUGCUGCAGGUCUUCGCCUCGCUGCUGCUGGAGAGGAGGGUCAUCUUCAUCGCCGACAAACUCAGCACCCUGUCCCACUGUGCCCACGCUGCCCUGGCUCUCCUCUACCCCUUCACCUGGCAGCACACCUUCGUGCCCGUCCUCCCCGCCAGCAUGCUGGACAUCAGCUGCUCCCCCACGCCCUUCCUGCUGGGGGCGCUGCCCGCGUCGCUGCCCCAGGUGCUGGAGCUGCCCAUCGAAGAGGUGCUGAUUGUGGAUUUGUGCGCGGACAGGUUUGUCAGACAGCUUGGUGACGAGGACUGCAUUUUACCCAGGAAGCUCCAGGCAGCUCUGCAGCAGAUUCUGGAGCAGAGGGUAGAGCUGCUGGGGCAAGAUGGAGGAGGGAAUAAGGGAGGGGGCGACUCCAGCCUGAGCCGGCUGCUGUCGGAGGCGUUCGUGCGCUUCUUUGCGGAGCUGGUGGGGCACUACUCGCUGCACAUGGGGGAGGGCCCCGGCGGGACGCUGGAGUUCCAGCGGGACGCCUUUCGGAAGGGGCACCCGUCCCGCGGGGCCCGCCAGUUCCUGCAGCUCUUCAUGGACACGCAGAUGUUCGCCGGCUUCAUCCAGGACAGGGAGCUGCGAAAAGGGGGGGUCAAGGGGCUGUUUGAGGUAAGGGCCGCAGAGUAUAUGGCCUCGAACCCGGACCCGGAGCCAAGUGGGGUCAACAAGUUCCUGAAGGGACUCGGAAACAAGAUGAAGUUCCUGCAGAAGAAGUGAAGGCUAGUUCCGGCACGUUCUCUCUGUCACGGGACAGACAGGCGAUUCUCCCGCUCGGUACGCCGAGUGGAGCGGGGUGUCCGCCAGACCCAGGCCAGCUGCUGGGGGCGCUGUGAGGGGACGGGACGGGACGGGGAACCACAGGGGCGCGGUGCUGCGUCUGGGUCCGCUGAAGGGUGGAGUGCAAAAAAACGGGGAGGGAACCCGGGACUGAGCCCACCGUUAGGCUGGGAAAAAAACCACCUGAUCCCUGAGCCCAGACAAUUAUAUUAUAAUUAUAUUAUAAUUAAUAUAAUUAUAAUUAUAAUAUAAUUUAUUAUUUAUGCACUGCAGUCAGAGGAAAACUGGAAAUGAGAGGUUUUGAGUGAGCUUCAGUACAGCGAACAGCGUGUGCUGUUUGGGUUAAACUGGAAGAGUACAGAGGAAGACUAUAGAGGAAGAGUACUGAGGAAGAGCGGGGGGGGGGAGCAGGUGCUAUGUACUUGUGAUGGGUCUGCUGAGAAGCUGCAUGUACAGAAACAUUUCAGAAAGAGAAAUCCUUUGCUGUAAUUUAUACAACUAAUUAAUUUAUAUUUCAUGUCACUAACCCAUUCCUUUCCUCUGUCUCUUUUUACAAACUGUUUACAGUUUUUAUUUUUUUAUUUUUAUGAUUAUGUUUUUACAUUUGGGUCUGUAGGACUGGUUCAGCCAAUAUAUGAACAUGCUUUUGGUGCUUGUCUUGUGACUUUUACCCUGUCAAUUGUGCACCUCUGUAAAUACUCUUGCUGGUGCUGAUUAAGGUUUACUGGGAUUAUCUUUCUUUCUUUACCAAGAUGUGCUGUGAUUAUAGUCACUAGAAGCCAAUAGGGUUACCUUUAAGGGAAAAAGAACACGUGAGGUUAAGCAUGUAAGGGAAAAAGAACAGUCAGACAUAGCAACGACAAUACCGUUGUGCUUCCAUUUUCGUUUAGUUUUUGCUUUCAUUUACAGUGUAUUUCAUUUGCAACUGCCACAUGGUAUAAACAACUUAUUUUUUUCUCUGAUGAAAAGAUGUUUAAAAUCAAAUUUCAUGUCAUUUCAAAUUAUCCAUGAAAUCAGUCAAUGGCUUUGUUUAUACAGGCGGUUUCCGUCGACCCAGAGCAGAGUCCUAAUUUUUUUCAGCAGUUAUUUCCUUGAAACGUAAACAGAAAAUAAUCACAUUGAAUCUGAUAUUUUCCAAAUAUAAUCCCAUUUAUAUAAUUCCAUGUUGGACUACACCCUUGUGUGGUCCUAAAUCCAAUACAUAUGCUAGACCUGGCCAUAUGACUUGUCUGGCCAAACGGAUCUGUUUUUUUUUUUUUUUUGUUUUUUGUUGUCCUCAGCUAGUUUUUUUUUUCAUUGUCUCAUGACAAAUAAGAAAUGUAGUUUCUCUAAACACACAAAUCUGAUCUGGCCACUUGUAAAUUUAUUGUGUUGGCAGUUGCCCAGAAUAAUUAGAUUUGACAAACGAGUCCCAUUUGAGUAGUAAAGCCUACUGUCUAAACAAAGCCAAUGAAGAUACUCUUGUCAACUUUUUGAAACAGCAUCCCUCAACUGCUGAAUUGCUGGUUUUAGUGCAUAAACACACACCUGGAGAAAAAUAUUUGGAGCUGGUUCAUAUUACCUUGGUUUACAACAGUCAUCUCUUAACUGAAGUUUUUAAAAAAUGUACUUUAAUAGAAACCAUAGGUGCCUCUAAGCCUGGUUAUCAGUGCUAUUGAAGGGCUUUUUUUGGAAAAUAUGUACAGGUUUUAUACUUUUUUAUGAAGCAUAAAUUACCCUUCUGAAAAUAAACACAUUUUGUACAAA